AUGACCUGUAUGAAUGAACUGAUACGGACCCUGGAGUUUAUGGCACAUUUACCUCCAUGUACUUUUCUAUUCUCUUCAUUUUCACACCCCGGCUUCCGUUUCUGUGUAAUAAUCUGUCUCUGUAUUCAUAAGUCUUAUACAUCUUUGGUCCAAAAAUCCUCUGCCUUCAUAACGACCCCGGAUUGUUUUCCUAGCCUGCAGUUUGACACAAUCUGUACUUCAUACUACUUAUCUAUUUUAUCGCCACCAAAUGUCAUCUACAUGAAAGAUACCAUAGAUGUGAAGAAAACUACGGAAAACGAUGGCCUUAAGACUGGCCAAGAGAAUGGCCCACAGUUCCCGAAGAAUGAUGGCCCACAGUUAUGCAUGCGUGAAUUUGUCAUUACCAAAUCCAUGUCUUCAACUUUGAGGGCAUUUGCGUCACAGGCUGGUUUUGACAUGUAUAAGGAAUUCAAAGCCUUGUCUCCGAAAAAACAACAACAAGACUUCUUAAAUGCCAAAGAAGUACAAAAUCAGGCGAAAGGAUUGCCUCUUCUAGUACUGAAACGAGUUUAUGGACUUGGACUUGGCGAUACCAAAUACAUGAAGAUCUAUAGAGGAAUUCCCUCGCCGGAAUCGAGAGACAGACUUUACGACGAUGUGGAUAAGACGCUUUUUGCUGAUGUUUCCAUGCGGACGUUUGGAAACUAUACCAGAUUCACACUCAAGUUCGAUUCGUCUGAAGUGAUUGUGAUCUUGCACAACACACGUUCAUUUGCAGACAUUAGCGUCGGAGAAAAAAAAUACCGUUUCGUUCGUGGUAGGUACGAGUCCAAAAGCCAUGUCAGAAGUGAUUUGUACCUACUUCCGCCGGAGUCGGAAAGUCUUGUCGAUGAUUUGACUCCAGACAAGAAAGUGAAGAAAGAUAACAAUCUCGUCGGACAUUCGGUGAAGAAAAUAUUCAAGGCUGGUUCCAAAGAAGUCACCACCGGAUACAAAUGUGGAACAUUGGUGAACGACUGCUUCGUACGGCUUAAAAAGGAGCGGAAACACUCGACAUUUUCCAUUCUUUCUCCUGUCUGCGAUUUCGAAUCCAAUGGUGCUGUUAGCCACGAAGAUCUUGUGUUGUUAAGCGCAAGUAUGGUGCUCACCCACCAUGAUAUAGAGGUUGGAUUCCAGACGACAUAG